ACUGGAGAGGAAAAAAAUGGAAUUUUGUUACUGUGUAUGUUGACAUUAAGCAAGACUAAAGGGAGCUUUCACCUUCCCCAGAUGCCGGAGGUUUUCCUGAAGCCCAGCGAUGGCGAAAAUGGUUUAUUCCACCCUGCCGGAAGGCUGAAAAUCACCUGGCCAGCAUUCGCAUGUGCGCCGGAGCUGAGGGCUGCCAUGCCGGCAAGUACGGCUCCAUGUGCCACCUGUGGCACUGAGGUUCGCAAUCACGGGUGUAGAAUCUCCUGUUGAGCAAGGUGUUGGACUAGGAGACCUCCGAGGUCUCUCCGACUCUGUUAUUCUCUUAAGUUCUCAAGCCAACCUUCAGAAUGGACCCCUUGUCCUAUCUAAGAUUCCGGCCAAUGGAAGCCAAGAAUGUCCCUUCUUUUCUUGCCAGGUUUUUUCCCCAUUGGACGAUUUAAGACAAUGGGGAAGCUGACUGCAAAUCAGGUGGCUUGGUUUGUUUUAGGAGCCCGAGAAUAUCCUUGGGUACCGGUUAACACGAUGCGGUUAUAAAGCAUGGAAAAGAAGCAUAAGAAGAAGGAUGGCGAUUCAGACAAAAGUUACAAACCCAUUAUUCCGGAGAAACUAACGGUCCAGAAGACCAUUAGAGCAGCUAUUCUGAUCCAGCGGUGGUAUCGACGUUAUGUGGCCCGGCUCGAAAUGCGUCGGAGGUGCACCUGGCGCAUCUUCCAAUCCAUAGAAUAUGCGGGAGAACAUGAUCACAUGAAGCUCAGCCAUUUCUUUGACUACCUCAUGACGAACUUCACGCCAAAAAACACGAAGGAGAAGGAAUUCCUUACCCGUAUCCUGUCCGACUCGAAUACUGCAAAACGCACCAAUGUGGAAAAAUCAAUGGAAUCGAUGGUGGUCCCUAGCAGCUACAAAGGGCCUCGCCUCGGUUUCCCCCUGAAGCCAGACGACGCGGUUAAUGUCCUGGAAGCCUUCAGAAAUAAUCAACAGCUUCAUCCUUACUAUGUGCUAAAACUCUUCAAAGAGACGGAACAUUAUCUCAGCCAGCUGCCAAAUAUCAACAGAAUCUCUACCUGCUACAGCGAGGAGAUCACCGUGUGUGGAGACUUACAUGGUCAAAUAUUCGACUUGUUUCACAUAUUUUACAAGAAUGGACUUCCUUCUCCGCAGAAGGUGUAUGUCUUUAAUGGCGACUUAGUUGACCGAGGCCAGAAUUCCAUGGAGAUCCUGAUCAUUAUCUUUGUUUUCCUCUUGAUUUACCCCAAAGAGGUCCACGUGAACAGAGGGAACCACGAGGACUUUAUGAUCAAUUUCCGCUAUGGGUUCACCAGGGAAGUCACACGGAAAUAUAAGGACCAUGCCAACAAACUCCUGGCGGUGAUUAAGAACGUUUUCAGCAGCAUGCCUUUGGCAACCGUGGUUGACAGGAAGGUCCUGAUCGUACAUGGAGGUAUAUCCGAUAAGACUGAUUUGGACCGCCUAGCCAAAGUUGAGAGAUGUAAGAUUCUCUCUGUGCUAGCACCAAAAAGAAGAAAAACUGUGUUCUAUACUCAAUCGGAAGCUGGCAGGAGUGGUUCCAUGCACAGCAACUCCCACGAGGGACAAGAGCGAGUAGAGAAAAUUCUAGGACUAGGUUCAUCUAUGGACUCAGAGAGCUCAAGUUAUGACGACGAUGACGAUGACGAUGACAUUGAACAGGUUGUAGAUAUUUUAUGGAGUGACCCUGAUCCCAAACCCGGAUGCACAGAGAAUAUAGAAAGGGGUGGAGGCUGUUACUUCGGACCUGAUGUGACGGAUAUGUUUUUGCAAAAACACGGCCUGCAGUUCAUCAUCCGCUCUCAUGAAUGCAAGCCAGACGGUUAUGAAUUCGACCACAAUCGGAAGGUCAUCACCAUAUUCUCGGCUUCAAACUAUUAUUCCGUGGGCAGUAACCGGGGCGCCUACAUCAAAAUGGGACCUGACCUCAUCCCUCAUUUUUUCCAGUUUCAAGCCACCAAAGGAGUAAUCCGCCAAAUGAACGUAACUCAAAGGAUUAGCCGAGUGGAGGAAUCGGCGUAUCAAAUUUUAAAGGAGCAAUUAUUUGCUAACAGGUCAGAACUCAUCUCAGUGUUCCGGGGGUACGAUAAGAAGAACACAGGCCUCAUCAGUGUAAACGACUGGGCAAAGGGCAUCGAGUCGGUUCUCCACCUGGGACUGCCGUGGCGGAUGCUGAGGCCACACCUGGUAUUGCAACUGACCAAUGGAAAGGUGGACUAUAAGAUGUGGCUCAGAGACAUCGUGACGGAAGAGAAAUCUUCAACCCAUGAGCGCCUUCAGUCGAGUUUGCUAGAAAGCAUUUACCGAAACCUAUCCAAUCUGGAGACGAUCUUCAGCCUGAUUGACACAGAUUGUUCGGGAUUUAUUUCUCUUGACGAGUUCCAGCAAAUAUGGAAGCUGUUCAGUUCCCACAUGAAUAUUGAUAUCUCUGAUGAAAACAUCUGCGAUUUGGCCCGCAGCAUUGAUUUCAACAAGGAUGGGAAAAUCGACUUCAACGAAUUCCUCGAGGCUUUCCGCUUGGUGAAACAAACCACUUCCGGGUGAAAAUCGAAGCCGCCGUCAGCUGGGCUGAUGGGGCAAAACUUUGGUCGCCUCAAAACAAGGUUUCUAAUUGUGUACUCAUCUUUUAUUCCAAAAUCUGCCUCUGAACUAACCCCAAAUUGUGAAUUAUUUACUGCUACCAAUGGAGCCAUUUUUUACUUUUCAGGAAAAAAAUAAAUCUGGAAAAAAUUUUUCCCUCAGUAACUUUGAAGCAUUGAAGCUUAAAAAAAAAAAAUUCAAACACUUCUGAUCAAAGCUGCAUUGCUUUUAAUAUCUUUACUCCAUUUUAAAGCAUAAUGCAAAUAAAGUUUUAUCAAUUGUAUCCAAUGACCGGACGUUUUCCUUUUUUUUUUGUUACAGCUUCAACAUGGGUCUAAUUUUUUAAAAAAAAAGUUUAUGUGAUCAUUGCAAAGUUUGGCUGAUUAAGACAUUAACAAAAGAAAAGCUUACAAUUAAGUCUUACACAAUCAUGUCUAAUCCAAAAUCAAAUCUUUUGUUUCAAGACUGUUUCAUUUACGUGUUGAUUUGUCAGUUCCAGAUUUUUCCAAAAUUGCUAUAGUAGUUAUUUUUUCCAAACCACUGUAUACAGUCAUUAACAUAGAAUAGUAGAAAUGGGUUCUAACCAUCCUUGCUCAUCUAAAUUUCAAAAAUACAGAGAUUUUCAUUCCAGUCCUAAGCAUAGGUUCCAAUCUUCAAUAUUCAUUAACUUAAGUCUUCUUUCUCUUUAGUCUCCUCUUGGAUCUUACAUUUUUAACAGGUUACUAAAUUAAAGGAGACCCAAUUAAUCUCUCAUCAUCCAUCCAUGUUCUUCCCGUAGAAAAAAAAAUACUGUCUAUUGCUGUUGACCAAAAUCAUUUUGGCAAAUGGGUAAUGAUCAGAAAAAUUUUCUACAAAUGUGCUUUCAAGCAGAUGUGGUCACUUUGGAGAAUACCACAAUGAUGCUGAGUUGAUUUUACUCUAAGACCAUUGGGGAGGGGGGAUAAGAUGUGGAUACUUUGCUUGUAGCUGUCCAAGUACAGGGUUCUUGUUCUUGUAAUUGCCUUAAAACGGCAUCUACUGACCAAUCGUCACGUCCUCAGAAGCUACAAAUGGAAAACGUCAGAGUAGCUACCAUUCACGGGCUUGAUUUCACACCUGGGCUACCUUUACCACAUGCACACCUAUGGAUUAUUGUAUUUUGGAGUGAUGCCAAGAUGCCUUAGCGCAGCCAGCUCACUUGCAAGCACAGUCCAGUUUGACAAUCUGCCUUUAUUAUCCCUGGUGCAAUUAAUAACAUAACAACAAUUGGAAAAACACUUAUUAACAAGAGCUGCCUUUCAUUGCCAAGAAAUCUGAAAGAAGG